AUGGAUGAGUUUUAUGUAGCUGCCCUAGAAAAUCUCGAACGACAAGAAAAUGCUCUAAAUUAUAGAAAAUUAAAUCAUAAAGAAAGGUUUGAUGCUUUUUUAUUACCAGACGAUGUCUUUAUUAAAAAAUUUGGACUCAAUAAAAAUUUAGUGAGAUAUGUUAUAAACAUUCUUACUCCAUUUCUGGUAGAACYGACAAGAAAAUCUGCAUUAGAUAUACAAACUAAAGUAUUUAUAGCUUUAAAUUUUUUCGCGACCGGUUCUUACCAACAUCCCGUUGGAAAUAGUCAUUUGGCAUUUGUUUCCCAGCCAUCUGUUUCGAGAGCAAUUUAUGAAGUAGUAAAUGCUAUGAAUCAACCACAAAUAUUUGAUUACUGGGUAAAAGUUCCAUCAACAUAUGACGAAUUACGACAAACAAGAGAAAAGUAA